AUGACCACGCAAGAAGUAGACACACUCGUUAUUGGUGCUGGUCCCACCGGUCUCGGUGCUUCAAAACGUUUGCAUCAACUGAACCUUGGUUCUUGGACCCUUGUUGAUGCCAACAAUGAAGCCGGAGGCCUUGCAUCUACUGAUGUUACGCAGGAGGGUUUCUUGUUCGACGUCGGUGGUCACGUUAUUUUCUCGCACUAUGCAUACUUUGACGACGUCUUGAACGAGGCUCUUCCUGAAAAGGACGAUUGGUAUGAGCACCAGCGUGUAUCGUACGUACGCAGCCGCGACGUCUGGGUGCCGUACCCCUACCAAAAUAAUAUUUCUGUGCUUCCUACAGACGACCAAGUGAAAUGCAUUGACGGCAUGAUCGACGCUAUGGAGCUCCGCGCGCAAUCGACCCUGUCGCCAAAAACUUUUGACGAAUGGAUCAUGCGCAUGAUGGGUAUUGGCCUUGCGGACCUGUUCAUGCGCCCAUACAACUUCAAGGUAUGGGCAGUUCCCACGACGAUGAUGCAGUGCAAGUGGCUCGGCGAGCGCGUGGCAGCUCCCAGCCUAAAGAUGGUGGUUAACAACACGCUAAACCACAAGGUUGCGGGAAACUGGGGUCCCAACGCCACCUUCAAGUUCCCUGCGCGUGACGGUACGGGUGGUAUCUGGAAAGCAGUUGCCAAGACCCUGCCCCAGGACAAGUUACAGUUCAAUAAGAAGGUGGUCAAGGUCGAUGCAGAUGGCCACGUCGCGCAUUUCCUUGACGGUUCUUCCAUUAAGUACAAGCAUUUGGUGACGACCAUGGGUCUUGACUAUCUCGUGAACCACCUUGAGGGACUGGAUGAUGCCACCAAACACCUGUUGCAACAGACUGCCAAGGACAAGCUUGUAUAUUCUUCUACCCACGUUGUUGGCAUCGGUAUUCGUGGAGAGCUGCCGAACCGCAUUGGCGACAAGUGCUGGCUGUACUUCCCCGAGCGCGACUGUCCAUUCUACCGCGCGACUAUAUUCUCAAACUACAGCCCACACAAUUGCCCACAGGAGGGCACCAAGCUGCCGACGCUUUCGUACGCAGAUCCUGAGCAUGGUGAACCUUCGAAAGAGGCUCAAGAUGGCCCUUACUGGUCGCUCAUGCUGGAGAUCUCCGAGUCGCACCUUAAGCCAGUCAAUAACGACACCGUGCUUGAAGACACGAUUCGCGGAUGCAUCAACACGCAGCUGCUCCUGCCCGACAGCGAGAUUGUGAGCACCUACCACCGCAAGUUCACUCCGGGCUAUCCCACUCCCAGUCUGGAGCGCGACGAUGCGCUCAACGAGAUUCUUCCGGUGCUGCAGGAGCGCUUCGACAUUCUCAGUCGCGGCCGCUUCGGCUCCUGGAAGUAUGAGGUCGGAAAUCAAGACCACUCGUUUAUGCUCGGUGUCGAGGCCGUCGACCGGGCCCUUCUAGGUGCCCCCGAAAUGACGCUCCUGUCCCCCGACUUUGUCAACGGCCGCCGCAACAACGAGCGACGGCUCAACGUGUAA